CCGUAAUUAUUACUUCACGUUAAAAAUAAAUAAAAAAAUAAACCUAAGGUGGUAGGAAAAUUCAUAAAAUACUAUUUUUUAACCGAAGCCAGCAACCGCCGAACUUUUUUUUUUAAUAUAUUAUUUUUAUUGGUCAAGACGGCAUGUCAGUUAUGGUUCUGUGUUCCUGAUUGGAGGACUCGGCCAUCACUCCACAGCAGAGGGGGGCGUUAGCCACGCCCCGUGGUUGCGUAGCAGCGGGGCUCAGAGCCCGGAUCUCCCGUAUAGUGCGUGACGGGAGCGCCGUGGAGGGGUCGGCUCUUUAAAUUGGGGAUUUAAAAGCAGCCGGACCCGGGACUCGUGGAAAACCGUACGGAUCAGGAAGUUGUUCCUUCCAUGAAAAUAUUCCUCUCUCAAUGCCUUGAUGCUCAGGAAUGUGGUGAUUGCAGAUCUACUCCUCCAGCCCGGUUGCUGUGAAGCCAGUGAUCCGCCCUCUCCAGUGUGAAGAGAGUGAACGUCAGGAGGUUUAAAUGUGAUUCUCUAGCGACCCGCGGGGUUUACAGUGACUGGGAGGAUGAGAAGGGCUUCAUUCUGAGGGUCUGCGCUUCCUGUAAUGCGAGAUGGGCUACGAUGUCACUCGCUUCCAGGGGGAAGUGGACGAGGACCUCUUGUGCCCGAUCUGCAGUGGGGUCCUGGAGGAGCCGGUCCAGGCUCCUCACUGUGAACAUGCUUUCUGCAACGCCUGCAUCACGCAGUGGUUCUCGCAGCAGCAGAUCUGCCCCGUGGACCGCACCGUGGUCACGCUCGCCCACCUGCGCCCCGUCCCCAGGAUCAUGCGCAACAUGCUGUCCAAGCUGCAGAUAACCUGCGAGAACUCAGUGUUCGGCUGCAAGGCUGUGCUGCGGCUCGACCAGCUGCAGUCGCACCUCAAGGACUGCGAGCACAACCCCAAGAGACCGGUCCUGUGCGAGGAGGGCUGCGGGCUGGAGAUGCCCAAAGACGAGUUACUGAACCACAACUGCAUCAAGCACCUCCGGACCGUGGUGCAGCAGCAGUCCACCAAGAUAGGGGAGCUGGAGAGGACCGCCGCGGAGCACAAACACCAGCUAGCAGAGCAGAAACGGGAUAUUCAGUUGUUAAAAGCGUACAUGAGGGCGAUCCGCAGCGCCAACCCCAACCUCCAGAACCUCGAGGAGACCAUCGAGUACAACGAGAUUCUAGAGUGGGUGAACUCCCUGCAGCCGGCUCGCGUGACGCGCUGGGGAGGGAUGAUCUCCACGCCGGACGCGGUCCUCCAGGCCGUGAUCAAGCGCUCGCUCAUCGACAGCGGCUGCCCCAUGUCCAUCGUGAACGACCUCAUCGAGAACGCGCACGAGCGCAACUGGCCGCACGGCCUGGCCACGCUGGAGACACGGCAGAUGAACAGACGCUACUACGAGAACUACGUGGCCAAGCGCAUCCCCGGCAAGCAGGCGGUGGUGGUGAUGGCCUGCGAGAACCAGCACAUGGGCGAGGACAUGAUCCUGGAGCCCGGCCUGGUCAUGAUAUUCGCACACGGGGUCGAGGAGAUCUUGUAGUGGAGAACGCGGGGGCGGGAGGGAGAGAGAGGGAGAGAGACGCUGGGCUGCUUCACACACGCAUACCUGCAGGCAUACAGAGAUCCUGGAAUCGGAGACAGGGGGGGAGUGUGUUUCAAAAAGGAGCGAGAAGAACCACCAGCGAGUCGAGAAGAUUGAAAGAGUUUCAGGGAUAUUUGAAUUGAAAAGCAAGACCUGAAAGGAAUCAGUAAGUUCUUGUGUACCUUCUUCCUCCCUUUUGCUUAAUAAACGAACGCAGCAGUUGGUAAAAGGACUUUAAGCAACAGGAUCACCUCACAGCAUCUUGCUUCAUUUAUUUAUUUAUUUUUUUAUAUUUUAUACAAAUGUGACCAAACUUCCUGCCGCCUUUCCUUCCUUCCAACGGUAUCAGAUACUAUCCAGUUUUUUUUUUUUUUUUUUAAAUCCAGUGGUAACUGUCUCCCAAACAACAAAACUCUGACCAAUUGAAACCAGAAGUUAAAAUAAACUCGGGGUUACCUGGAAACAGCGUUCCGCUCCUCGCUGGGCUGCCGAUUCUCAAACAGCGUUCUGCUCCUCGCACGACUGUCGAUUCUCAAACAGCGUUCUGCUCCUCGCACGACUGUCGAUUCUCAAACAGCGUUCUGCUCCUCGCACGACUGUCGAUUCUCAAACAGCGUUCUGCUCCUCGCACGACUGUCGAUUCUCAAACAGCGUUCUGCUCCUCGCACGACUGUCGAUUCUCAAACAGCGUUCUGCUCCUCGCACGACUGUCGAUUCUCAAACAGCGUUCCGCUCCUCGCACGACUGUCGAUUCUCAAACAGCGUUCUGCUCCUCGUCUACAAACCAGUGGAAUACAGCUGAAGGGUUACGCCUCCACAGUUACUUCUGUUUCUUUUCAAAGUGAAGGAAAUGCUGGUUGGGACGGACUGGGAAAUAAGUGUCAUACUGGACCAUUGCAGCAUUAACUCCAAACUGGGAGUAUCCCAGCAUUAAGGAACUCCAAACUGGGCAUCAUGUUGGCUGAGACGAACCAAACCAACACGGACUGCUUGUCUUUUUUUUUUUUUUUUUUUUUUUGCUAAUUCGUCUGUGGUCGUGUCGCGCUGUGUUCAGUUUUGUUGAAGUUACUGCCUGGCGAUCAGACUUUAAGCAUCGAAUGUGAUUUAUCCUGAUUUUUGUAUUGUGUGUGUGUGUUUCCUGUUUUGCUUCAUGUAAUGCAGUAAAAAGGGUCCAUAUUAUUAUUUUUUAUUUAAUUUUUCAUGACUACCAAAAUCUUACAGCCAGAGUCUUGGCAUGCACAAGCUGCAGAUUUUAAGGAUCGCAUGUCAUUAUUCUGACUCUUGGGUACCAGAAGGAUUCUAGAAGUUUUCUGUGAUAUUUUUUUAUUUGUCUGUCUGAACGUUUUGUUCACACACAACCAUCUUCACCCCUGAAGGGACAGAAGGAAUCGAGCGCUCGCUGUUCAAACGGUUUCUUAUUAAAACACAUUCGAGAGAGACUCGAGCAUCACGAGGAGGAGACGGAGCGUUCGCACGACCGGAUCCAACCCCUCAGUGCAUUUUAAACCCUGUUUCAUGCAAAACUGUCUGCAAAAAAUAGUCAGCAUUGUUUUUAUUAGUGGGACGCAUGUCCCUUGCCCCUCAGAGUUAACUGGUUCCUUUUUGAACCUGAUUUAAUAAGAUUCCCAUUGCAUAGCAGUUUGAUCCAUUCCUGGUUUUACUAUGAGUUUAAUAACACACCUGUAAGCUUGUUCCCUACACGCUGUAGUUAACCGAGCUCGUAGUACAAUCUCGAAUGGGUGAAACUGCUGUGCAAUAGGAGACUGCUUUCAUUUUAAUCCAUCCCAGGGUUCCCAUGUGCAUAGCGCUGUGGUGCAUUCCAUGACAGUACAGAUGGCGUGACCGACUGUACCAGGAACCGCUACACAGCUGGAUCAAAUCAGACUUUACGGCGCUGCCAUAGCUCAGAAUAUCUACAGCGGCGCCAUACCUUUUAAUUUCAGACAGGCUAAGGCUAGCUUCUAAAACCCAGGCCUGGAUGCAGGGUCCGUCUCCAGCCCUGCAUUAGUGUGCUUGUAAUUCGUGACGCUUCUUCAAGCCUGGAAGAGGUCCAGAACACGGGAUCAGGGGAGAGGGGUCCUGUGAGUGAGCUGCACAGAGAUGCAGUAAUAAUCUCACGGGGGCGGACAACCACUCCUAGUGGGGUGUUACUACACAUCUCAUUUUAAAAAGGGUCAAAUGAUACAGACCACGCCCUUCUGAGUGGAGCUGUGCAGUGAUGAACCCUAAACACUGCGCUCUGAGUGGAGCUGUGCAGUGAUGAACCCUAAACACUGCGCUCUGAGUGGAGCUGUGCAGUGAUGAACCCUAAACACUGCGCUCUGAGUGGAGCUGUGCAGUGAUGAACCCUAAACACUGCGCUCUGAGUGGAGCUGUGCAGUGAUGAACCCUAAACACUGCGCUCUGAGUGGAGCUGUGCAGUGAUGAACCCUAAACACUGCGCUCUGAGUGGGAAACGUCUUUAUUACAACCGAGUCUCUCCUCCUGUGUGUGUGGGGGGGUAGUGUCUCUGUUUUCAACCCCUCAAGGUGCUGGGUUGUCCUUGAAGGGAAUGUUAAAGUCCAUGUCCACCCGCAGUUUAAUCUCGGUGUGUUUUCUGUAAGGUCUGUAAUAUAUUGUACAGCACCAGCUAAAGGUUUGUCAUUUUAAUAAAUAAAAACACUGUUUGGUAUGUGUAUACUUUCAAUGAGAACUGAAAUAAUUAUACUAAGUUAACACAGGGUCCACUUACAGAAAUGCAUAAACAGGGCUUUUGAAAAAUUUAAAUAAAAUACAUCUCUAAAAAAAAAAUGCAAAAUGUAAUUUAUAUCAUUAAUCAAAACGAGCUUAAAAAAAAAAACAUUCCUUCGAGUGAUCGCUCUCAGUAGAAA